CGCACACCGAUUUCCAGGAAGCGUGCGGUUACGGCCAUGGCGAUGCAGUUACAGAGGAGUGUUGUUGCUCAAACUAAGAAACAUACCGCGUCUGUUAUUUUCCUUCACGGCUCAGGUGAUACGGGGCAAGGUGUAAGAGCAUGGAUCAAAGAUGUAUUGAAACAAGAGUUGAGUUUUGAGCACAUACGUGUAAUCUAUCCAACAGCACCAACGAGACCAUAUACGCCCAUGAAUGGAACUCCAUCAAAUAUAUGGUUUGACAGGUACAAAAUCAGCAUUAACAGCCCAGAACAUUUUGAAUCCAUGGACUCAAUGUGCCGUAUACUGGGUGGUUUGGUAGAUGGAGAGGUCAAAGCUGGAAUUGCAAAGGACAGGAUAAUCUUAGGAGGAUUUUCGAUGGGAGGGACAAUGGCUAUGCACUUAGCAUAUAGAUUUCAUCAACAAGUAGCGGGAGUAUUUGCUUUAUCCUCUUUCUUGAAUAAGAAUUCUGCUGUCUACCAGGCUGUUCAGAAUACUAAAAUGUCAAUGCCUGAAUUGUUCCAGUGUCAUGGAAACAAUGACCACCUAGUCUUAUAUGAGUGGGGUAAAGAGAGCUGUUCGAAUUUACAAUCUCUGGGAGUGAAAGCCACGUUUAAUACUUUUCCUAAUCUCCACCAUGAACUUUGCAAGCCAGAGCUGGAACAGCUGAAGUCAUGGAUUUUACAUAAGCUACCUAAUGAUGAACAAUAAUACUAUUCAUUCUGUAUAAAAUAGUACUUAAUGUACAUUUUUUAUUUAUUUUGUAAUCCAUGUAUUAGGGAUGAAAGUAUGUCACAGAGGACUCCAGAUAUAGCUAUGCAGGUAAAAUAAACAAGAUAAGUAAGACAGAAAAAUCACAUUGAACAAUUGUAGUGCUAAUGAAUCCUACUUUUCCUGAAUUGUGUUGCCAUCUUAUUUUGCUAUAUGAACAUACUUUGUUAUAUGAAAUGGUUUUUCUUAAUCAUUGUGCUCUUGAAAUUACUUACAGGUGAUGCAUGGCAGUCUGUUGCAGAUUCCUUCUGCUUGUUGUUUCUAAGUUGUAUGUUGCCUAUUGUUAGCAGAUAACUGUAACAUUAAACAUCUACAGUUACACUCAAAAAAGGAAAAAUAGGAUAUUGUUAAAUAUUUUUUUUACAGAAAAUGGUAGAAUUUUCAAUCAGCAUUUUAUAUAUUUCUAUUCCAUCUUUUUCUAUCACCAAUUAAAGUUGAGAAACCACCAAAAAUAGAAUGACUAUUCUCUUCAUCUUCCUGGUUCAGCAUGUAAAAAUUGGUGCAACACCCAACUUUCAUUCCUUGAGGCUUGGCAUCUAUUAUAUUUCGAAAAUAGUAAAUCGGCCACCUUCUUCCUUGUCCAAUUACACUGAAGACGUCCAUCUCAACUGCUCCUGGAAGUUUCCCAUUUUAAGAGUUUUCUUGCAAUGCCAGGUAUACCUGAAGGUGGUGCUAUGAUAGUUGUGUAUUUGGAUCCCAAAUCAGUGAUUGAACAUUGGCCUUGAAAGUGAGAAUGCUUUUCUAGGCAAAAGCCAUCAGGUGAGUAUGUGGCAGAGUGUAUUUUAGUUACCCAAAUUUACAUUACUUUAAGGACUUAAUGUUAUUCCAUUUAAGACUCUUUAGCUAAUGGCAUGUUUUUGUGCUGCAAAUUCAAUACUAAUUGUGAAAAGCAUAUAGGUUUUAUUCUGAAUAAUGAUGUUAAACAAGUUUAAUAAUCCACAGCUUCUCUGUUAUUAAUAUAUUCAAGUGAAUCAACAACCAUUUCUUGA